ACUUUCAUCCAAAAUAACUUACAAACCAAGUGUGUUAUCACCUGUUAUCAGCACUUAACGUAUCAGUUUGGUAUUCCAGCAGCUUUAACCGUUUCACUGCUAUAUGCAGUUGCUAAAAUUUAUCUGAGACUGACUACAGGGUGGUGCAAAAGUCACACUUGUCUGGUUGGCAAAACUACCAUCAUCACAGGAUCAAACACCGGUAUUGGUUACGAAACGGCGUUAGAUUUUGCCAAAAGAGGCGCCCGCGUUAUUUUGGCUUGCCGUAAUGCAGCCAAGGCCGAAGAAGCCCGCUCAAAAAUCGUUUCCGAGACGGGAAAUGCCAACGUUGUUGUGAAACUACUUGACUUGUCGUCAUUCGACUCGGUCCGAGCCUUCGCCAAAGAAAUCAACGAGACGGAAAACCGUUUGGACAUUCUAGUCAACAAUGCCGGAGUUAUCGGGAUUGGGGAUGACACCAGCAAGGACGGCCUCUCCUUGGUCAUACAAAUCAACCAUUUUUCGGGCUUCCUCCUCACGAACUUGCUGAUAAGUUUGUUGAAGAAGUCGGCACCAAGUCGCGUGGUUAACGUGUCGUCAAUGGCCGCAGAAGGCGCCAAAAACCUCGAUUUGGACAAAAUCGGCCAACACGUUUCGGUGAUGGAAGACUACUGCAACUCCAAGUUGUGCAACGUUUUGUUUACUCAAGAACUGGCCCGGAAACUGGACGGGACCGGAGUUACGACCUAUUCGCUUCACCCGGGGGUCGUCGAGACUGAAAUUGUUAACAACACUUCGGGGAUUUUGAAGAUUGGGUUCAGCGUUUUAAGGAAGCUUCAUUCAAAGACGGUUGAAGAAGGGGCCCAAACCUCGAUUUUCUGUUCCGUGGCCAAGGGAAUUGAAAACCACAACGGUGAACACUUUUCUGACUGCAAAAGAGUUGAACCUUACAAAACAGCAAGGAAUCCAGGCCUUGCCAAAAAAUUGUGGGAGAAGUCGGAGCAAAUCGUUCGCUUGCAAGAGACACAAUUGUAGUAAAUUUUUUAAAUAAUUUAUUGUGACCUUGUUAUUUAUUACAAUACAUUAAAAGAA